CCAAAACCUCCAUCUCCUUCUCUAUCUCUAUCCAACAUAGGAAAUGGGUCUUCUCCAAAUACACUCUCCAAUCGCGGUCUUUCUCAGCAAGCCGGUCUCAUCAUCCCAUUCCAAACCGCCUCGUCUUCCUCCGUUCCAAGAUUCCACCCGGAAUUUCGGACAAAGUUCGCUUUUUUCGUCUUCUCCAGGAAUUAAAGACAGAGUCUUUACGCUAUCCACUGCACCCAGGAAGCUGCUCUGCACACCACCUCAAGGGAAGCACGUAAGAGAAGACUAUCUUGUGAAAAAAUUGUCGGCUCAGGAGGUGCAGGAGCUUGUGAGGGGAGAAAGGAACGUGCCCCUCAUCAUUGAUUUCUAUGCAACAUGGUGUGGACCCUGCAUUUUGAUGGCACAAGAACUCGAAAUGCUUGCAGUGGAGUAUGAGAAUAAUGCCAUGAUUGUGAAAGUUGAUACAGACAAUGAGUAUGAAUUUGCCCGAGACAUGCAGGUACGUGGCCUGCCGACUUUGUACUUCAUCAGUCCAGAUCCCAACAAAGAUGCUAUUCGAACAGAAGGUCUCAUCCCUAUUCAGAUGAUGCGCGAUAUCCUAGACAAUGAAAUGUGAAGGCAUCAGGAAAAUGAUUGAUAAAAUGUCUUCUAGGAUUUAGAGACAAAGCUGCUCCAGCUGCUCCAGAUCCAAUGUGCGAUUUUGCUCUGUGAUAUCCUUUUAAUAUGAAGGUAGGUAUAAGGCCAUUUGAUCUGGAGUUGACCACCUUUUGUUGUUAUACUUGAUGAACUAGAUCCUAAACUUAGGAGGUUUGGGCAUUCAGCCCAAUGGAAGGCGUGGCCCCGGAAUAUUGGUUGGUUGUAUUUUGCAUCUGGCCAUUAAGAUCUAUUUAGUAACUAGGGACGGCAACAAUCUUUAAGGUAGUUUAGAUAGUUUAAUAUGCAAUUUGAAGAUUGCUUUUACAUCCCGGCAGAUACCGGAUAAAUCAUGCUCUCUGUUUUGCUUGUUUAAUUCCCCGCAGAUACCAAAAUAUUGUUAAUGGCUCUGGGUUAGAGGACAUUACUACUAGAUCUGCUUAUUUUGCACUGAAAUGAAUUUCUGGUUCAAAAUGAGCGGAUAUGAGUUCCUCAAAAUGUUGUUGUUAUUAGUGGACGACUGGGGAGAUGGAAUGCUCAUCUAGCUUGAGAUCAGUUGUAUGCUGAGCAGGGAAAUGGCACAUGUCGGCAAGUGUACGACCUGAUGACGCUGAUGUAGGAACCACUGGUGCUGGAUAUUAAUGGCUUGCUUAUCAAAGUGUAAGUGCAAUUGAAUUUCCAUACUUAAGAGUCUGUUGGAUGUAUGGUUUACUUGUACCUUCGGUUCAUAGAAAUGGGUCCAGUUCUUGGCGAUCAGGUAGGGACAGGUAGAAGAAGUUUUCAUUCUUUAAGCAUGCUGUGCUUCCUUGCAAUAGGAUGAAUGGAGUAAAUCGUUGUCGA